AUAUCCAUGAUUUUAUCUCUAUAAUAAUAAUAAUUCUUCCUCUCCCUCAUUUGCUAUAAAUCUAUGUUACCACAAAUAACAAAUUAAUUCAAAGAAAUAUCAUUUAGGUAAAACCAUAUUUAAUUCAAAAAAUUGCAUUAACCAUGAUGAUUUCCCUUUUAUUUUCGUUCGUUCUCAUUCUCUCCCACACCCUCUCCAUUUUCGCAAUUGUGAUGCCAAACGAAUAUAUCACAAAGCAAACAUGUACAAAUGCAGCAAAAAUGGACCCGAAAAUCAAUUACACCUUUUGUUUGCAAGCCCUAAAUUCAGACCCCAAAAGCCAAAGUGCGAGUCUCACAGAUUUAGGGCUAAUCUCCAUCAAUUUGGUCAAAAACAACGCAACCAAUACUCUUUCUCUGAUAAAUCGUCUGAUUGGAGAUAAAACGACGAGUAAUAAAGAAAAAGCGGCUUUGGAAGAUUGCUCGGAAUUGUUCACCGAUUCAAUCGAUGAAAUAAAUGAAAUUGUAAUAGAUUAUUCAAAGAAACGAUUUGAUGAUGUUUAUACGAAGGUGAGUGGUGUUAUGACGGAUGCAGAUAGUUGUGAGGAAGGGUUCAAAGAUGUUGGAAUUCCUUCUGUUUUAACAAAGCAGAACGAUUUUGUAACUGGAUUAGGGGCCGUAACUCUGUCAAUUGUGCAUAUGGUGCAGCAACAUACUCAUUAAUAAUAUGUUUGAAAAUAUUGAAGUUUUCUUUAGAAUAAUCAUUCCAUUCUUACAUAUAUGUUUUUAGCUAGUUUGUUGUGAGACCGUCUCUUUGAGAGACGUAUCUCAAGUCGACCCAUUAAAGAUUAAUGCUUAUUUAUCGUAUUCUUAAUGCCUACUUACACUAUCUUUAAUGAUUACUUAUCGUAUCUUUGAUGUCUACUUUCAAUAUUUUAAAUGUC